CCAUCUUUGGAUCCCGUAUCUCGUUUUAUACAAAUCUGCGGAUGAUACUCAGACCCCUCGGAGUACCCCUUGAGUAUUUAUUCACGUAAAAUACAUCAAAGCGACCGAAAACUAUAAUUAGUGCGUAUUAUGGAAAUUUAUAUUUUUAUUUCCAAUGAUACUAGCCAUUAAAAGGUUUAUUUUGUUAUUUUAAACGCAGAAACAUCAGUGCAGUUUUCAAAUGGAAGUACGACCUUACGAGGUGUACUUGAAGGCAGCACACUAACCUCUGAAAACCCAUUCAUCACGGAGGGUAUCUUCAAGCUAUCCGUUGGCUUUACGCGCGAACUAGCGACGUGUGCAAUGGCUAUGGAUGUAUUGACUCAGUAAGUCGGUCGUUACGCCAUUCGUACAGCUAGUCGCGUAUAAUAUCAGGCUGGUAUACAUUCCCAAAUUGGACGACACUGUCUUGGCUGGCCAGCGCCUUGUGUUAUGGGAGAGACACGGAGGUCAGACGAGCGGUGGGCUGUCAACAACAAUGUCCGAGUCAAACAAUUCUGCUACCGCUUUGACAGCUGUCUUCUGAUGUUAUAGCACUGGUUAACUACAAAUUAAAUCAUGCCUGGCAAACUGAAGGCCAAAAUUGUGGCAGGACGCCACUUGCCUGUGAUGGACAGAGCCAGUGACCUCACUGAUGCUUUUGUUGAGGUUAAGUUUGGAAACACAACCUUCAAAACCGAUGUGUGUCCCAAAUCCCUCAAUCCACAGUGGAACUCAGAGUGGUUCAAAUUUGAGGUUGAUGAUGAGGACUUGCAGGAUGAGCCCUUGCAGGUCACAGUGUUGGACCAUGACACUUACAGUGCUAAUGACGCUAUUGGGAAAGUUUACAUUGACAUCGACCCGCUGCUGUGCAGCGAGGCUGCUUCUGUCAUUUCUGGGUGGUUUCCCAUCUAUGAUACCAUCCAUGGUAUCCGAGGGGAGAUCAAUGUCCUUGUCAAGGUGGAGCUUUUUAACGAUUUGAACCGCUUCAGACAGUCCUCCUGCGGGGUCAAGUUCUUCUGCACUACAUCCAUUCCACGAUGCUACCGGGCAGUGAUGGUGCAUGGAUUUGUGGAGGAACUUGUGGUAAAUGAAGAUCCAGAGUACCAGUGGAUUGACCGUAUUAGAACUCCCCGGGCCUCCAACGAGGCACGACAGAGGCUCAUCUCUCUCAUGUCUGGAGAGCUGCAGAGGAAAAUAGGGCUUAAGGUGCUGGAGAUGGGCGGGAAUGCUGUGGUGGGAUACUUACAGUGUUUUGACUUGGAAGGAGAGUCUGGCCUGGUGGUCCGGGCCAUAGGUACCGCCUGCACACUGGACAAACUCAGUUCUGGAAGUGCUCCCAACACCACCACACAUACGCACCCUAACACAGCCCCUGCUUCCAACGCCUGCAAUUCCCCUUCUAAGGACGGAAAGGAGCCGGUAUUUGGUGAGGACCUGCUCUCGUCCUCUGGCCCACCAACCCCUUUCAGAGCCCUUCCCACCUCCUCCUCCUCUCCUCCCCCCUUCUCUCCCUCCAAGCCAUGCAGCCGCCAGUCCUCAUCAUCAGACACAGACCUCAGUUUGACGCCCAAGACGGGAAUGGGCAGCGGGGGCAGCGCCGGGAAGGAGGCAGGGCCUCUGAAGACCCUGCUCAGACAACAGACGCAGACGGCCCUAGAGCAGAGGGAGUUUCCCUUCUUCACCUUGACGUCUUUCCCACCUGGUUUUCUGGUUCACGUCGGUGGAGUUGUCAGCGCUCGCUCUGUUAAACUACUGGACCGUAUACACAACCCUGAUGAGCCAGAGACUCGCGAUGCCUGGUGGGAGGAGAUUCGACAAGAGAUCAAAUCUCAUGCCAAAGCUCUUGGUUGCCAUGCUGUUGUGGGGUACAGUGAGAGCACUAGCAUCUGUGAGGAGGUGUGUAUCCUGUCGGCAUCGGGCACAGCAGCCAUCCUAAAUCCUCGGUAUAUGCGUGAAGGCUGCCUAGACAUCGGAAUCACUGACCACAGGUUUGAGGAGCCGUCUCCACCUAGCUGUGGCUUCUGUCACAUCCCGUAUGAUGAGCUCAACAUGCCCUUCCCCACACAGCUCACGUACUGUUACCACUGCAGAAGGCAAAAGGUUCCCGAUGUGCUUUUCACAACAAUUGACCUGCCAGCAGAAGCAGCUGUCACAGGGAAGGGCUGCUUUAUCCAGGCCAGACUGUGUCGUCUAAAAAAGAAGGCCCAGGGUGAAGUGAAUGCGACAGCCAUCUCCAACCUGCUGCCUUUCAUGGAGUACGAGCUGCACACUCAGCUGAUGAACAAACUGAAGCUGCGGAGUAUGAAUGCUCUGUUUGGGUUACGCAUUCAGAUCAGUGUCGGCGAGAACAUGCUCCUGGGUCUGGCUUCUGCUACAGGAGUGUACCUGACAGCCCUGCCAGCACCAGGGGGCAUCCAGAUUGCGGGGAAGACUCCUGGUGACCUGAGCAAUGAGCACCACAUCCUGACUAUCCAGAAAAGGAUCAAUGACACCAUAUCCAAGAACAAAGAGAUCUAUCAAAUAAACCCUCCGAAAUUAUUUGCCCUGGACCCUGAGGUGUUCUGCGGCAUAAACAUGGAGCUGACAGAGGAAGCGGUGGGGUCUCCGAUUCCUGAGCCGAGGCAACGAUCGAGACUUUUCCGCUCCCACUCGGAAAGCUCGGACGAAGUGUCAGAACUGGACCUGUCCCAUGGCAAGAAGGACGCCUUCGUCCUGGAGAUUGAUGACACUGAUGCUGUGGAAGACAUUCACUCCCUCCUCACCGAUGCUCCUCCCCCCUCAGGUUUCUACAGCUGCAACACUGAGAUCAUGCCUGGGAUUUACAACUGGACUUCUGGAGUUCAGAUGUUCACAUCAGUGCGGGUCGUAAGGUUGAGUAAUGCCAAUCUUACUAAUCAAGGCCUGAACAAGAUCUUCACUGAUCUGUGCGAGAAUCUGCUAAAGAGUUUUUACUUCAAGUUGCGCUCUAUGAUCCCCUGCUGUCUUUGUCAUCUCAACUUCACCGUGGCAGUGCCAGAGGAAGAACUCAUACAGGUGGCAGUGACAGCAGUUGCCAUGACAUUUGACAAAGACCAGACUCAGGAGAAGCCAGUUGACAAGCCCAUCACCAAAGGAUGUAGUGAGACUGAAGAGCAGCUGCAGUUUCCCUUGGAGUUGUGUGCGGACUCAUCAUCCACCAACACUCAAACUUCAUCCAAAAGCUCAGGUGUCCCAGAGACUACCAACGUCUCAUCUAGAGCUGCCUCCGUUGAUUACGGUUCCUUUGCAGACAGAUGCAGCACCUGGCUAGAGCUGCUUAGGCUGAAAGCUCACACCAUAAGACGGGGAUCAGUUAAGACAAGUAGGAGGACACAGUCUCUAGCACACUCUGUCUCAUCUUUGGACCGUUCCAGUCCACUGCCUGAGGGCCGUUCUCGCUCGCUGCGCUCCAACCGUGCGUUUGGGGGCAGCUCAGUCCCCGUGGUGAAGAUGACGCCGCUCUCCUUCCUCCCCGGGACACGUAUCAUUAAAUAUCUUGGGAUCAUCAACAUGUUUUUUAUAAGAGAGACAACAUCAUUGCGGGAGGAAGGCGGCGUCAGUGGCUUCCUCCAUUCAUUCAUAGCAGAGGUGUUUGCGAUGGUUCGAGCCCAUGUAGCAGCCCUGGGUGGCAAUGCAGUAGUGUCCUACAGCAUGAAAGAGUGUGUGUUUAUGGAAAAUCCAAACAAGAACCAGGCUCAGUGUCUCAUUAACGUGAGUGGUGAUGCCGUCGUGUGUGUCAGAGAAACGGACCAGGAGCCCGUUUCCUCAAACAGUGGACAGACCUGCACUAGUGGAACAGAAGGGGCUACAUGACAGUGAAUCACAGAGCCUCAUUGUGUCUGCAAGGCACAGUCUGAGCACUCGUACUUUCUUGAGUCUAGCCGACCAAAUUAGAGUCAUAUAUUUCUGCCUUAAAAUUCUGUAAAACAUACAAAUUUUUGGACACAGGUAAUAAAGAACAAGGUGUACAACAUGCAGUCUGUAUUAUUAUAGGAGUGCAGGAUGUUUCUCUGUUUAAGGAGGACAUUUAGGCAGGAAAUACUAAUGUAGCUCUUUGGGAAUUAGGUCAUCUGAGAGUGUUUAAAGAUUUAAAACAAUAGCCAAAGGACAUCUCACCUUUACCUAUGUAUUACAGCCGUCCAUAUUUGGGUUACUGAAAACUACAGUAAGUUGGCCAUCCUGUUGUGUCUGGGCGCACACGAGGCUUGAGGCAGCUAUGACUAAUUUGUCCGUCCACAGCUCCCACUAGGAGACAUUAAAUGACCAUGCCAAAAGGGACACAGUUUUAUACAAUCGAGUAAUUUAAAUGCAGCCUGUUUUGAAUGCAGAUUCUCGCUCAGUAUUAAGCUGUUAACCUUUAUUCAUUUCAAAGUAGCCACAAAAUGACUGUGAGGCAAGGCAAGUAUUUAAAGUUUAAUGAGGCUGGUGCUUUUAUACGAAAUAGAAAGUUCACCCUGGAAUGGAAACUCGAUGACAGAAUUCAAGCAGGCCAAAAACUCCCGUGAUGCCAUUUUGUUAUAAUUAUUUAACUGGUCAAAGUCUAAAUUAGAAUUAGUAUUGAUUUUGUUGACGGAUAAUCUUCCUAAUUACGGUCACAGUAUUGCCCACAGGCAGUAUCCUAAAGAUGAUCAGAUAUUCUCAGAAAGUGUCAAAUAUUGUUGUCACAGAUUACACUCUUGUUUUUACAUGGAUCAUUAAAAAAUAGGCCAGGAUAUCUGAACAGUUUUUUUCAUGGCAUUAAGUUUCCUUUUAGAAGAGCCAUACUUACUUUUAUCUUAUUUUAUGCUUUAUCUUAAAAUGGCAUAAUGUGUAUGCCGAUUAUCCACUUACAACUGGAAUGACUCGGCAAAAGUGAUGAGUGUAAGUCAGAUGGAUAUCAGUGAAGCAGACAUGCAGUCUUAGUAUCCUAUAAUGUGGCCUGUUAGAACCAAGCACCGAGGUUAUUUCUUAGGAUUAAGUCUUUCAGAUCAUAUUGACUAAAUUAAACAUUUAGUUCUGUGUGUGAAGAAACUCUUGAUUCACUUCCAUCUCUAGGAUCAGUUCCUCUUCUUGAUGCAUCUUGCUGUAUUUGUCAGUUUUCAUGUCCUUCUGUCAAGCUUCAUCACUUUUGCUUUGGCGCUCAUAUUAUCAACAGCAGUCCUGCUACUGAUCUGUCUGUUCGUCUUUGACGUUCAUGUCCGAUGUCGGGGAAAAAGCAUCUUCUGGUGUAGGUGCCACCUUUAUCUGUGUAAAUGUUCUCUAAAAUCAGAUUUUAGUAUUUUUGUAACAUAAAAUUUUAUGAAACUUGCUGUUCAUGUUGCUUGUGCAAUCAGUUCCUGAUAUUUUGAUUUGGUGUCAGAGAAUUAGAGGUACUCUAAUCUGUUCGUGUGAUCAGUUUGCUAAGUUUGUGUCUAAAACUUGAAUGUACAUAUUUAGAUGCUAUUGCUCUCUGAUUAGCAGCAUGCAGACCCACUUUUUAUUGCCAUGAACCUGUAUGCUUGCGUGAUAAGUCUUGCACAAUAAACUCAAACAAAGAUGCA